CACGCGCAUCCCAUCGCAAGGAAUCUCGUCAACGUCGCAGCAGACGUCCCUCAAGACACGCCAAAGCUUUCUUUUUCGACGUCGCAAGUAAAAUUCGUAAGCGAGCUUGCCAUCAUACCACAGUUCCAUUCUCUGAGUCCAGGACAGAGCAAACAUGGGUCGCAUGCACGCUCCCGGAAAGGGCAUCUCCUCAUCUGCCCUUCCAUACCGCCGCACACCACCAUCAUGGCUCAAAACAACCUCCGAAGACGUCAUCGAGCACAUCAUUAAACUCGCUCGCAAGGGUCUUACACCCUCCCAGAUUGGUGUGACCCUUCGUGACUCGCAUGGGAUCCCCCAGGUGCGGUUCGUCACUGGGAACAAGAUCCUACGGAUUCUCAAGACGCGUGGCCUCGCACCCGCCAUUCCCGAGGAUCUCUACCAUCUCGUCAAAAAAGCUGUCGCAGUACGCAAACAUCUCGAGGUCAACCGAAAAGACAAGGAUUCCAAAUUCCGUCUCAUCCUCAUCGAGAGCAGAAUCCACCGUCUGGCGAGGUACUAUAAGACAAAGCAGGUCAUUCAACCAAAUUUCAAGUAUGAUGCUGCGACCGCCUCGACGUUGAUUGCUUAG